AUGCCGAUGAUGCUCGCCAUUCUGGGUUGCCAACUCCGCUUGAUCACUCGGUCCAUGGCUUCGGGGAGGCUUUGCGAAGCCGGUGCGAUUCGGAGACUUCAACCGAAACAAGAGCCCCAGCUGAUGCUGAUGAUGCGCGCUCAGUGCUUGGUGACAAAGUACAUAGUGGGCUUGCAGACGGAGUCGCUGAGCUACGUCUUCGACGCCAUUUACUGGACGCGCGACCAGGUGCAGAACAAAGUCCCCGUCAUUGGAUUCUCGGGCGCGCCGUGGACCUUGAUGGGCUACAUGGUGGAAGGCGGAGCCGUGCGCAGCUUCGACCGUGCCAAGAAAUGGCUUUACCUCUACCCCGAGGCUUCGAGGAGAUUGUUGACCGCCUUGCGCGACAUCGUCGUCGAAUAUUUGGUGGGACAGUUCGACUCUGGUGCUCCCCUCCUCACGGUUUUCGACACCAACUGUGGGGAGGUCCCACCCAGGAUCUACGAGGAGUUCUGUGUGCCCGACCUCAAGUACAUUGCUACUGAGGUCAAGAAGAGGCGGCCGGGUGCUUUGAUCUCCGUUUUCCCCAAGGAUGGAGAGAUUGGCGCCUUCGAAGACAGCGACUUCGAUGUCGUGGGCGUUAGCUGGACUACAUCCCCUGCGGAGGCGAGGCGUAGCUGUCCAAGCAAGACGCUGCAGGGAAAUCUGGAUCCUCAUCUGCUUUAUGCGGAUCCGGAGCAAAUCCGGGAGCGGACGGUGAAGAUGGUGAAGGAGUUCGGCCGGGUCCUUGACUAG